AUGACAAAGCCAAAAGUGCUGCUCCUAGGAGAAAUCGAACACGCCCACGAAUCGUGGAACUCGCUCUCCAACAUCGCCGAACUGGUCUAUCCCCGAGCCCGUACACGCGCCGAAUUCUUAGACGAAUGCAGAAGCGGAGACCUGGAUGGAGUCGUCGCCAUUUACCGCACCUUCGCCAGCGUGGACUAUACUGGUAGAUUCGAUGAGGAGCUGGUGCCUGCGUUGCCGGCCAGUGUGAAGUUUGUAUGUCAUAAUGGAGCGGGAUAUGAUCAAGUAGACGUCCAUGUUUGCACCAAGCGAGGUAUCCGGGUAUCGAAUACGCCGACCGCCGUGGACGAUGCUACGGCCGACGUCACUAUGUUCCUUAUAUUGGGGGCCUUGAGAGGAUUCAAUAUCUCAAUGAGAGCGCUGCGAGGGGGACAGUGGAGAGGUCAUCCUCCACCGCCUCUGGGUAGGGAUCCAGAAGGCAAGACGUUGGGUAUCCUAGGCAUGGGCGGUAUCGGCAAAAAUUUGCGUCGAAAGGCAGAGGCUUUUUCGAUGCGUGUGAUCUACCACAACCGCGAAAAACUCAGCGACGAGUUAUCAGGCGGCGCGGAGUACGUAUCGUUCGCGGAGCUGCUGAUGACUAGCGACGUCAUUUCCUUAAAUCUGCCUCUCAACGACAAGACCCGGCAUAAGAUUUCGACUCGGGAAUUCGAAAUGAUGAAGAAGGGCGUCGUCAUCGUCAAUACCGCUCGCGGCGCGAUCAUUGACGAAGAAGCUUUAGUGAAGGCGCUGGAUAGCGGACACGUCGCGUCUGUCGGGCUUGACGUAUACGAAAAUGAGCCGUCAAUACACCCUGGGCUACUUGCCAAUGAUUAUGUCAUGCUGUUACCGCAUAUGGGGACGUGGACGAUCGAGACUCAGACGGCGAUGGAGGAAUGGACGAUUUCGAACGUGCGAGCAGCAAUCGAGACAGGGGCUCUUCGAAGUGUCAUUCCUGAGCAUGCGGCUCUCUGA